CGGGGGGGAGCGCUGGGAACGGCCAUAUCCUGCCCGUUCGUCAGCGCGGCGCCUGCGCAGAGCGCUGCUGCGGGGACUUGCGGAAUAAGCGGAAUAACGAGCCUCUGCAUCUGCUUGGGGGGACUCGGAGGAGGAAGACAUGCUGCUAGAUAGUGAGCUCCAGCUGCUGGUGUUCGCCUAGAGGGGCUGGCUGCGGAACGGGGGCCAGAGUCCGGGGGCGCUAUCCCCACCCGCCGCACCUGCCUGGGCCAGGGCUUCUCGGGCGCUCAGCCUGUCUCGGAGCGGGGCUUCCACCGGCCGUAGGAGUCACUCGCGGGGCCCGGAGGACUGAAAAGAUGCAGAACCACUGACUGUGUAGCAAAUGCCUGGAAAAGACUUGAGAGUUCAUUUUUAUACAGUCAGAGAGAAGACUGAACAAAGUAACUUUGAAAAUUAAGGACUCUUCCUGCCUGUAAAAACAAGUGUCUGAGAAGCGUUACCUGGGUGAAGAUUAUAUAUUUCUUCUGCUGAGUUGUGAAAUUCUGUUUAAUCUUCAAACUGGCGAUGUCAAGGGUGCCGAGUCCUCCUCCUCCGGCAGAAAUGUCGAGUGGACCUGUAGCAGAGAGCUGGUGCUACACUCAGAUCAAGGUGGUGAAGUUUUCCUACAUGUGGACCAUAAACAACUUUAGCUUCUGCCGAGAAGAAAUGGGUGAGGUCAUCAAAAGCUCAACAUUUUCAUCUGGAGCCAAUGAUAAGCUCAAAUGGUGUUUACGUGUGAACCCUAAAGGCUUGGAUGAAGAAAGUAAAGAUUAUCUAUCCCUUUAUCUGUUGCUGGUGAGCUGUCCAAAAAGUGAAGUUCGAGCAAAGUUCAAAUUCUCCAUCCUGAAUGCUAAAGGAGAAGAAACAAAAGCAAUGGAGAGCCAGCGAGCAUAUCGAUUUGUACAAGGCAAGGACUGGGGGUUCAAAAAAUUUAUUAGAAGAGACUUUCUUUUGGAUGAGGCCAAUGGACUUCUUCCAGAUGACAAACUCACUCUCUUCUGCGAGGUGAGCGUGGUACAGGACUCUGUCAAUAUCUCUGGCCAGAACACUAUGAACAUGGUGAAGGUACCAGAGUGCCGCUUGGCAGAUGAGUUGGGAGGACUCUGGGAGAAUUCACGCUUCACGGACUGCUGCCUGUGUGUUGCGGGCCAGGAGUUCCAGGCUCACAAAGCCAUACUGGCAGCACGUUCCCCAGUUUUCAGCGCCAUGUUUGAGCAUGAGAUGGAGGAGAGUAAAAAGAAUCGGGUUGAAAUCAAUGAUGUGGAGCCCGAAGUUUUUAAGGAAAUGAUGUGCUUUAUUUACACGGGGAAGGCACCAAAUCUUGACAAAAUGGCCGAUGACUUGCUGGCAGCUGCUGACAAGUAUGCUCUAGAACGUCUGAAGGUGAUGUGUGAGGAUGCACUGUGCAGUAACCUGUCUGUGGAAAAUGCAGCAGAGAUCCUCAUUCUAGCUGACCUACAUAGUGCUGAUCAACUAAAAACUCAAGCAGUGGACUUCAUUAACUAUCAUGCUUCUGACGUCAUGGAGACAUCAGGCUGGAAGUCUAUGGUAGUGUCGCAUCCCCAUUUGGUGGCUGAGGCAUAUCGCUCAUUGGCUUCUGCACAGUGUCCCUUUCUGGGACCUCCACGUAAACGACUGAAGCAAUCCUAAAGUUCUGUCUGUCACACCACCCCAUGUUUUUCUGGAAGCAGCAUCAGCUGUUGCUGCUGUAACCUUGACCACCAGGUAGACAGCGAAAUCUGUGGAGCUUUUACUCUGUUGUUGGGGGGAAGAGACUGCUUCGUGACACCCAGACUUUUUAAAACAGCACCAAGUAACUUGGGGAGAGGGGGGAGGGUGGGCCUGGGGCUCUGGGGCUGUUCAACCUAAUGAAUCCCUGUCGCUGCAUCGUCUGUGUGUUCCCUUCGACUUGGCUGAGUCAAUUAAGUACAGGGUUCGGUUUAGGCACCAACCCAAGUCGGAACAACCCAGUAGUGGUACUGGGGAAGACAACAUCUCUGCGUCUGGCAGCACAGAACAAAUCGUCAGAUGCCUGGAGCAAGAGGACAUUUUAGUGUUGGAGGGUUAAAAAGAAUUUCCAGUGAGGUUCUGGAGAGGAAGUACCUGAUGGGAGCUCCAGUAGUAUUUAUGUCAAAAAAAGAGAAUUUAAGUCCUUCCAGCUGAGCUAAAAACUGGACGUUUGUGUAACUCCUUAUUGCCAUCCAGCAACAAGAAGAUCAGUUUCUCUGUUAGUAGCACUUGUAUGUUAAUUGAAAAGAAAAAAAAAAAAAAGAAAAAAAACCCUACCUUUUAUAACAUGACAGGUUGAAGUGAAAGGGGACAGCGUAAGGUUGUGUGUUCUGGAGGGUGUGAAUAGACUGAAGGCAGCCUUUGGCAAGUCUGUAUUGGUUUUGAGAGGACUAGAAAAUCCUUGAUCUGGAGCGUGCUGUCUGACAAGAACAACGGUUACUGUUUUUAGAUAUUGUGGGAAAUGUUUUUGGCAUUUUUCCCUGCUUUAUUUCCAUCCUCCCCCUUUUUAAAAAAAAAAAGAGAAAUUUUAUUGUUCAUGAACGCUGCGUUAAAAGUUCCUGUCCUGAGUUGCUAAAUGACUCUUAACUGUUUGUACCUGACUUGCCGACUGUAUAGGAGCCAGUCCUGUUCCUUUCUAUUAGUCACUCUUCUUACAGGGAAGAAGUUUCAAAAUAGCUGGUAACUUUUUUCUUUUUGAAAAUAUAAAUAAUUACUAUUUUGUA